AAAUUGGACGGUGUUAUGCAUCACUAGACCAAGCGCCAUUUGACAAAAAACGUGAUGAGACCGUAUUCUGGUAGGGAAUGUUACAAAGUAUCUAAGAAAAAAUCACUGUUAUUGUCACGACAACGGUUCUUUGGUAAUAUUUGAAAAGACCAAGUGCCAUUUCAACUAAGUUUGAUUUUGUGUUUUGCAUCACGAAUCUAAAAGCCAACGUCUGGUAUUUAUUUCUGUAUCAUUAGACCAAGCGCCAUUCGUUGGUCUUUGGUCUAGUGAUGCAAAGCAGAUGGCGGCACUAAUUUUCAGCAGACCACAAUAAUGUUGGUUGUUGUGUUUUGUUUACAAAACGUAUCUCACAGUGUUUGAUUCUUAAAAUAAUGUGAAUAUAGUAAAAUAUUAUAAUGGAUCAAGAAUACGGGAUAUUCAAAUCAAGAACAAGACGAAUAUUUGAUAAUGCCAGGAAAGUUGCUGAUGAAUUUUCAAUAUUACAGAAAGAAGACCAGUCACUUUUACAUGAUGAGAAUGUUUGUUAUCAAGCCUUGGAUUCUUCAAGUUCUGGAAUUCUAAAUGUAAUACCUUCACCUUCAAUGGAUGAGCCUUCUCAAGAUGAGUCAGUUAACAAUAAGAAUCCUUUACCAGGUACACUAAGUAGUUCAAAUACUUCUAAUUUUAUUUUAAAAGACUGCCCAUCAACUUUUUUGGAUACAUGUGAACGCUACAAAAACCAGCAAGUUUCUUUUAAUACUGUUAGUACUGAACAAAGUAUGACAGUUUCACCAAACGACAGCAUAUAUUAUUUAUGUAUAGGCAAUAACUCUGAGCUUACCGAGCUUGUGCCGCUAACUUUAGAAGCACCUUCUACAAGUAAUUUGAAUAGUUCAUAUGUUACUGAAAUGGAAUCAUCUUUCAAAGUUAGUAUUGAGCACCCUUAUUGCUUAUCUAACGACAAAAAUUGCAAUGACAUUGACGUCAGUGACCAUUCCAAUAAAGCACGCCCAAAGGAAAAUGAUAUGCAUUUUGAAACUAUUGAGACAGCCAUUUCUAUCAAUGAAGAAAACAAUGCAAAUGAUAGGGAUGUAAGUGAAAUAUUAUGCCAUGUAACCAAUACUAUGGAUACUUCAGCCAGAUCAAGCAGCAAUUCUGAAGGUGAUAAAGAUCUACAAAAAUCUAACUGUAAUGUUGAUACAGUGACCCCAAUGGAUCCAGGUAUUACUAAUUCUAUGGACGAAAAUCAUUCUUCCAGUGGAAGACCCAAACGGGGAAGGAAACUGAAAUAUGAAAAUCAAAAUCGAACGAUGAGAAAAAAAUUGUGCAUUCAGAACAAAGAUUAUUAUACACAAAGAAAUAAGUUCAAAGAAGCCAAAGCGUUCCGUCAUUACAUAUGCAAAUGUAAAUGUUUAGAAAGAAUUGGAGAGGAAAAUGCUAGAAAAGAGUAUGAUAAGUUUUAUAAUGUCGAAUCCCAUGAUGCCCAACGUGCAUUGAUUUGUUCAAUGAUUUCAGAACUGAAAAUAAAACGGAAGAGAGUUAAAAAUUCUGACACACGGAAAUUCACCAGAGUGUAUAACAUGUUGGGAAAAGUUGUGUGUAAAACUUUUUUUUUGCAAACACUGCGAAUAUCAAGUUGCAAAGUUGAUUCUGCCUUAAAAAAUAUGAAACGCCCAGAAGGAGUUCGUGAUUGUCGCGGAGUAAGUGGUGGAAAAAAUAAAAUUGAUGAUGAACGUGUACAAGAGAUCAUUGAGCACAUCCAGAAAUUUCCCAAGUACAAGUCUCAUUACAGAAGAGCCGAUACAGAAAGAGAGUUUCUUUCUGAAGAUACCACGGUACAAAAAAUGCAUGAGUUGUACUCACAAGAAGUAAACAAACCAGUUACUUUGUCAUUUUAUAAAAAAAUUUUCCUAACUAGAUUCAACUUGCGCAGAAAAAAACUCAAAAAAGAUACUUGUAAUUUGUGCGAUCGUUUGGAAGUAGAAAUCAAGCAUUGUGAUGAUAAUGCAAAGUUGGAUGAAUUGAAAAAGGAAAAAUGUCAGCAUUUGGAAAAAGCUGAAAAUGCUCAAAAUAAAAGAAAAGAAGACAUGCUAGCAGCCAAGAAUAAUCCUGAUUUAGAAACUUUUUGUUUUGAUUUGGAAAAAACUCUGCCACUUCCCAGGAUUCCCACAAAUGUAGCAUAUUAUAAAAGACAGCUAUGUGUGUACAACCUUGGGAUUCAUAGUGGAAAGACUAAUAAAGGUCACUGCUAUGUUUGGAUCGAGGGUGAGGCUGGUCGUGGAGCACAGGAGGUAGGCAGCUGCCUUAGAAAACAUAUUUUGGAAAAUGUUACUUCUGCGAAACAUGUUAUUCUCUGGUCCGACUCAUGUGGGGGACAGAACAGAAACAUCAAAAUAGUUUUAUUACUUAAAACUGUAUUGGAAAAUCACCCCACUCUGGAAAAAAUCACAUUGCGCUAUCUUAUUCCAGGUCAUAGUUUUUUACCAAACGACAGCGACUUCGGAGAUAUAGAGUCAGCUUUAAAGUUGCAACAGCGUCUAUAUACUGUAGAAGACUACAUGAAUGUCAUGAAAAUCUGCCGCAAAAAGAAUGCUCUUAUUGUUCACAGAAUGAAAAAACAAGAUUUCAUUGGAACGAAAAAGAUAGAAACGCUCAUCACUAACAGGAAGAAAGACAUAGGAAAUGGUAAGGUAAGCUGGUUGAAAACCAGAGAAAUUGAAAUUAAAAAGGACAAGAAACUCAGUAUUUUUAUGAGAAGUGAAUUUAAUGAAGAACAUAAGCUGUUUGAAGUAAAUAUUCAAAGGAAACAAGCAAAGGGGCGUCCUUCUUUACAGCUACUUCAAAAUCUGGGUGAUCAUUUAGUUCCAUUGUGGCCAAGUGGGAAACCGAUAUCCCGACCUAAGCUUGAAGAUUUAAAGUUUUUGAUGACUCUAAUACCAAAAGAUGCCAGACCAAUCUACAGAAUGCUUUCCGGCAGUAGUGAAGUGGAAGACGAUAUUGACGGUUUUAAUGGAGAGCUAGAUUUUGAAGUAGACAAUGAAUAAGUUUUUUCAAUAGUUUAAGUUAAGUUAGUUUAGUUAAGUUUUUUUAAUAGUUGUGAUUUUUCUUUAUUAUGGUAUAUUUUUAAUUUGUUUGAAAACACUGUUCUAUGACAAAACAAUUAUUCACUUUUUUUGUAUUGUAUUUUCUUUAAGUUUAGUUGAGUUUUUUUAAUAGUUGCGAUUUUUCUUUAUUAUGGUAUAUUUUUAAUUUGUUUGAAAACACUUCUAUGACAAAACAAUUAUUCACUUUUUUUGUAUUGUAUUUUCUUCACAAGCUAAGCUUAUUGUAUUGUUUCAGGACCCACUAGUUCAAUAAUGAUUAAGGCCUAUUCUGUUCUUAUGAGUUAUUUGUUUUUGUGUACUUAAUUAUUGCAGAUUUAUGUCUAAUAAUAAUAAUAAAAGAGUUUUGUCAAUUAAAAUUAUUUAUAUUUUAUUGCUUUCCAUGAUAAUGGGACCAUAUAAUUGGACUUAUU